AUGGGGAUGGUGCCUUUUACCGACACAUGCCAAAAGUCUGCCCGGCUGUACAGGAGGGACGGUUGUCAUCGCUGCGCUUGUCCACAGAACUCUGCGGCAAGCCCAAGAGGCCGCUGCGUGCGAACUCAUGCACGCAAAGGCUUCGGUACAGCAUUACCGCGGCUGCCGUCCCUGGGUGGCAAGGGUAAGGUCCCCGCUGGUGGAGUGGCGCCCUCCCCGCCCAUCGACCUCGGAAUCCCAGGGGUGGUGGAGCGCCAGUGGGCUAACGCCCGAGACGAAUGGAAGCAACGCUGCAUCGAACAUCCCGUGGUCUUACCCGCACAAGGCGCCCAGGUGUACCUGAUCCCAGUAGGGGCAGACCUUCCCGCGGAUGCAGCCUUCAUUCGUGACGUUGUCGCCGCAGUGCAGCCCGACGCCAUUGCCCUGGAGUCGCCCCCUCAGGCAAGUGAGCUCCCUACUCGCCUACAGACUGGAGCCGGGCACCUAAAGUCCUACACCUCCAUCGCCAAAGCGCUGGAGCCCCAGAUUACACAGCUGCUCUCCUCCUCCGCAGCCGACGCACUCCACAGCCCCUCCGCAGCUCGCACCUGCUUCACGCAGCACCAACGGGAGGAGCUGCAGAGCGCCCUGCUGCAGGCCUGCAGAGGCGCCAGUGUCAAGCCGGACCCCGAACAGCUGACCCACCUCUUCCGCCUGGGCAGCCUGCCCUUCGUGGAAUGGCUAGUACCCGCACACCUGGUUCGAACCUCCUCCUCCUCCUCGAAGUCCUCGUUCCUUUCCAAAUCCAUGCUCAAUGGCGUUGGCGGCCUUGGUGGUAUAGCGCAGCAGCGGCAGCAGCAGCCCAUGCUGCUGCUAUCGUGUGGCUUAGACAGACAGGCACGUGCCAUGCUGCCCGCCGCUAGUCUUUUCUUUGGCCGGGAGUUCGAUGUAUACCUGGAAGAAGUUGAGGCGGCGCUGGGGGAUGAAGUGGCGGGGGAGGUGAUUGCUUGGCGGUCGGUACUGGGGGAUCGUUUGGAGGCUUGCGGCGCGGGACGGGAGCUGGCCACGCUGUUGACAGCAUGGGAGGCGCAGUGCUGCCUGGGCCCGGAGCAGCAGCGCCAGGUGGCUGUGCGGGUGGAGAAGCGUAUGGGGGAGGAAGGGGAGGAUGCGAGCGGGAGUAGUGGAGGUGUGGGGCUGGAGAUGGUGCGGACGGCGGCGGAUUCCUGGGUAGCGCGACGGCUGGUUGAGUUGGCGGUGGGCAAGGAUGUGGUACGCAGGUGCCAGCGGAUUGUGGCAGUGGUAGGGCGGGUGCACGUGCUGAGCGUGGAGGAGGAGCUCAUGAAGAUUGCGGAGGCUGGUGCGCGGUAG